CUGUGUCCUAUCUAAUAAUUUAAAACUCCCACCUUAUAUAGGCCUGUGCUUGUUUAGCUAGCAAUAUUAUUAAUUAUUAUAUCACUACUGGUAUUUCGCAUAUGGAGCUCCUCCUGAUUGUGAGCCUAGUAGUUGCACUAUCAUAUGCCUUCUCAUGUCUCAUUAAGUCCUUUCUCCGACGACGAGACCAAUGUUGCUACAUGCUAGCAUACGAGUGUUACAAGCCCCCGGAGGAUACCAAACUCAGCACUGCUUCAUGCGCUCAAAUCGUCCACCGAAACAAGAACCUCGGCCUCGACGAGUUCCGCUUCCUUCUCAAAACCAUCGUCAGCUCCGGCAUCGGCGAAGAAACCUACUGCCCCAAAAACGUCUUGGAAGGAAGAGAAGAGACUCCAACUCUGGUCGACGCGCUCGCCGAGAUGGACGAAGUCAUCUUCACCACUCUGGACAACCUCUUCGCCAAAACGAAGUCGUUUAUGUCCCCUAGCAAGAUCGACAUCCUCGUCGUCAAUGUCUCGCUUCUCUCCACAGCUCCCUCCUUGACGUCCCGGAUAGUAAACCGUUACAAGAUGAGAGAAAACGUCAUGUCGUUUAACCUCUCUGGAAUGGGGUGUAGUGCGAGUAUCGUCGCUAUAGACCUUGUCCAACACUUGUUCAAAAACCACAAGAAUGCGAACGCAAUCGUCGUUUCGACUGAGUCGUUUGGGCCUAACUGGUACUGUGGAAAAGAAAAGUCAAUGAUGCUCUCCAACUGUUUGUUCCGGUCAGGAGGCUGCUCUAUGCUCUUCACAAACAACCGUUCACUUAAGGAAAGAGCCAUCUUGCAGCUCAAAUACCUCAUCCGAACCCAUCUCGGAGCCGACGACGAGGCUUACCAAUGUUGUAUUCAGUUAGAAGAUGAUAAAGGGUACCAAGGUUUUCGACUCACUAAGAAACUCACCAAGGCGGCGUCCAAGGCUUUGAAAUUGAACCUCAGGGUUUUGGUGCCAAAGAUAUUACCUAUGAGGGAAAUACUUAGGUUUUCCAUCUCUAAUCUUAGAAACAAGAAACGUCACAGCAAAACCAGUGGUCAAUCGGCUAUGGACCAGGUUUCAAUCGGUUUGAACUUUAGAACCGGGGCUGAACACUUUUGUAUUCACCCUGGGGGAAGGGCAGUGAUCGAUGGAGUUGGAAUGAGUCUAGGGCUGAGUGAGUUCGACCUGGAGCCAUCGCGCAUGGCGCUUCACCGGUUCGGAAACACGUCGGCCGGUGGGUUUUGGUACGUGUUGGGCUACAUGGAAGCAAAGAAGAGGCUGAAGAGAGGGGAUAGGAUUUUGAUGAUGAGUUUUGGAGCUGGUUUCAAGUGUAAUAAUUGUUUGUGGGAGGUGAUGAAGAACUUGGAGGAUGUCAAUGUGUGGGAAGACUGUAUUGACAAAUACCCUCCUAAGACUUUGGUCAACCCAUUUAUGGAGAAGUAUAGUUGGAUCAACGAUGAUUAUCUUGGCUUUGUUCGGCUUGAGCGUUAAAAAGUUCUACUCCUACAUAUUAUAGAUCAAGAAGCCGUCCUAUUAGCUAGCAGGAGCACUGGCUGCUCCACUACUACUACUGGUCUGGUCGUCUCAUCAGGCUACAACUACUUAUAGGUAUAAAUGCAUGCUUUUAUUUAUUUUUCAUGUUAUUGUUCGGCUGUCAUAUACUGAUAUUUGGUGGUACCAAUAAGCGCAAGAAUGCUCAGCGUAACCACCAAAUAUAUAUAGUAUGAAAUACUGAUUUAUAUUUAAUAAGAACAAUGUUAUGUUA